ACAGGGUUAACAGUUUGUUCCUUUGUAUUUAUGGAAUGACUGGUAUGUGUCAGCCAAAGACAGAUACUUUGAGAGUGGAAAUUCAGCAGCCCUUCCAUAGAUGAUACACAUCAGACAAAAUAAAACAGCUUUCACUAACUGUAACGUCUGCCUGGAGUCAAUGUGUUUGUCUGUGAAUGACAAACAAAUUGGGUGUGACCAACUUGGCAUAGAUAUUAAGAACACACACAGCUCAGACCUAACUGAAAAAAAACUGCAAGAGGAAGAUCAUUGUGGGUUGUUUCACCCCUGAAGCAUGAAUUUAAUAUCCGUCCUUGUAGAUAUAAUGGAAAGGGCUGUGGAAUGUGUCGGCUGAAGUGGCGGCGAUGAGGGUGGUAAAGGUAUUGGAAGAUCCUGCGUUGUGGCAGUUUGCCUUGCAAAGCAGAUGUGGGUGCUCACAAACCAGCCACUGAGAGAAGACCUGGAAGUGGACUUUCAGAGACACAGACAGCUACUGCGCUGCUUUGUGCUGGGCUGUGGGGCCUCGUCACCCACAGACAUGAAUAAAUGAUAAGGAAUGUUUAAAGCCAUGAGGAGGUGUCAGGAUCAGACAGGCAGACGGACAGACGGCAGGACGGAUACACGGGUGGGGGCUGUGCUCGGCGGCUCGGCGGCAGGCUGGUGGAAGAUGUCGUCAGGAGCCGGUGGGAGGGGCGGCAGGCAGCUCAGGGGGACGGCAAGCAGUGGCGGUGGAGGAGGCAGAGGAGGGGCAGGAGAAGCAGAGGAAGGCCCCGUGGGGAUCCCUUUCCCUGAGCACAGCGCAGACAUCCUGGGCAACCUGAACAAGCAGCGGCUCAGUGGCCUGCUGUGUGAUGUGCUCCUGGUUACUCAGGAUCGGGAGUUUCCAGCUCAUCGCUCCGUCCUGGCUUCCUGCAGCUCGUACUUCCACAAGCUCUUCACUUCUGGGGCUGCUGCUGACCAACAGAACGUCUACAACAUCGACUUUCUGGCAGCAGAGGCUCUGGGAGCAUUGCUGGACUUUGCCUACACGGCCACUCUAACUGUCAGUCACAGCAGUGUGGCUGACAUCCUUGCUGCUGCACGCCUCCUGGAAAUCUCACCUGUCCAGGAUGUCUGCACGCACCUGCUGGACACCAAAGUGCUCUCCCCGCCGGCGGGCAGUGAGCAAAGAGAUGAAGAUGAAGAAAAAGAGGGAAAGGGCAGAGGAGGCAAGGAGCAGGGGAACCGUGUGCGGGCCCGGGAGUACCUGGAGUACUUCCAGAGAGGGGCACACUGGAGCAGCAGCUGCAGCACGCCAGAGCUCAGGGACUUGCCCACGCACCUGCACUUUAACCACGGCAAUGGCCCCAGCAAUGGAGCUCCUGGCGGCCAUGGUGAGUACUACUCCCCUUUGGCCCUCGCCUUGGCCCAGGCCCCAACACAGGAGCACGAGGAAGAAGAUGAGGAUGAUUACGAGGAAGAGGAUGGGGAGACAGCGCAGGGAAAUGGAGCACGCCUGGAGUCAUCUUUCUAUCCCUCGUCCCAAAAUGGGCACUUCUACCUCCCCCCUGACUCUAGGUUGGGGCAGGAGACAGAAAUGGAGGAUGGGAGUAGGGAGGUGUUGACAAGAGAGAGGGGUUCAGCCAGUGCCCUCCUGCAGCAGAUGAUGGACUCCAUCGAGAGGCAAAAGGAGCGCUCAGUGACCGGGGAGGAACCAGCAGAUGGGGAUGACCCAGACAUGGAAUUUUACUUGAAUUAUUUUAACAGCACGCAACCCGAGGAUGCAGCUUCUGCUGCUGUGUCACAUGGUGUGCCUCCACUCUGGUUAUCAAGGGGCAGUACAGGCCAAGACAGAGCUGGAGGAGAGAGAGGCAACGGGGGUGGAGGAGGAGGUGGUGGAGAGAGGAAGAUGCGCUCUAAGGCCUUCCAGAAGUGCCCCAUAUGCUCCAAGGUCAUCCAAGGUGCAGGCAAGCUUCCCCGCCACAUUCGAACGCACACGGGAGAGAAACCCUAUGAAUGCGCCAUCUGCAAAGUGCGCUUUACCAGGCAGGACAAGCUCAAGGUUCAUAUGAGAAAGCAUACAGGAGAGAAGCCUUACCUGUGUACGCAGUGUGGAGCCGCCUUUGCUCACAACUACGACCUGAAGAACCACAUGCGUGUACACACAGGCCUGCGUCCCUAUCAGUGCUCAAGCUGCUUUAAGACUUUUGUGCGCUCGGAUCACCUGCACCGCCACCUUAAGAAGGACGGCUGCAACGGCAUCCCAUCCCGCCGGGGUCGAAAGCCUCGGGUGCGGGAGCCAACGCUCCUCGAGCCCCCGUUGGGCCUGCUGAGCCCCAGCUCUGACACGGGCCCCGGGCCUCGUACCAUCAGGGGACGGCGGCAUUCAGAGUCAACCUCGGCAGCAGAGGUGGGGGGGGUUUCUGGAGGUCACACACUCAGCCCUCAGCUGCAGGAGCUGGCAGAGGAGGCUGGGCCCUGAGACUGCAGGAGCAACAAGGACACUGCUGGAUACCAUAGUCACUCUGUGCUGCCUGUGAGACAGGCCAGUGAACAGAGGAGAAAAAAACAUGCAAAGGCAAACUUAAAAAAAGAAAAAAGAAAAAAACAAAACAACUAACUAUUCCUCUAUAAACCAAAUCAGGGUGUCACAAAAAUCUAAUAUUUUUAUUUCUUUCUCGUUUUACUUUAGAAAACAGUAGACUUGCAAAGCAAUUUGGUUUAUUUGUGAAAGAGCAAAGAACGCUUCAAAUCAUGCGCCCAUCACGUCCACUUUCUGGGUCAUUUCUUUCUUUAUAAUAUUCGGGGUUUUAUACAUUGGCAUAUGUGCUUAGGCAAAUGUAUAAUAGAUACAAAGUAACUCUGAGCAACUAUGCAGUUGAUUUAGGUUUUUAUUGGUUUUGUCCUCACAGCCUUCAAGCUCUGUGCAAGGUGUCUCUCAAGUACCUUCUGGCUGCUGUACGGGUGAAGUGAGGACAAAUCCUCCCAGUGAAAACAACUCUUUUUUAUUCUUUUGCAGGUCUGAAAUGUACAGUUACCAUAGAAACAACAUUGCCACAAUAUGGCAUAUGCAAGGAAACAAAACGCCACAGUUUUGAUGCAACAGGUUUUUUUUUUCUCUCUCUCUCUCUCUCUCUAAAUGUUCCAGAAAGAAUCAGACAAGGGUUUGAUUGAAGUGUUACUUACUCUAUAAAAUGCAUUUUAAGAAUCUAUGUUUUGUCUUACUGAAAAACAAAAUCACGUUGAGUCGAAUCCACUUUAACGGGGGCUCGUCAGUUGCAGGAAUAGGGGAAAAUAAGAAGCGAAGGAUUUGUGUUUUUAAAGCACUACCAUCAUCAAUGUAUCUGUUGGCUUGACUACAUUGCCUCUUAUUCCUCAUGACUCUGCAAUCUCAGCAUUUCUGUUUUCCAUUUUGAUUUUGUCUUAAUUUGUUUGUUGUUCCUUUUUGUUGACUGCUUCGGGUACUUGACACUUUAUAAUUGUAUACAUGUAUAUACAGCAGGUGGUUAUAUGACAUUGGUCCCCUCUUAAUGCUGAGGUGUACUUACUAAUCGGGUUUUUCCUCUUCGGCUUGAUGUCAUAUUUCUCACAGAGUGACGCUUGUGGGGUGAAUGGAGAGAAAAAAAAAACUGUAUGAAUGUUUGAUGAAACAAAAAAAAACAUAGUCACCCAUUUGUCCUAAACGUUAACACUUGACAUGUAUAGCUCCUGCCCAAAGGAUGAGGAGGUUGAUCCAAUGAAUGUGCUUAACUUUCAGUGCAGUUUUUUCGGAAUCUGUCCUUGUGUGACAAGGCGCGGGUAGCAUUUAACCAACCGCAGGUUAAAGGAAUGGCAGGGAGCCCGAGUGAAAGGUUGACAAAAGAAGAAGAGAUAGAUGAGCACCUUUUUUUUCUAUGUUUGCACAGCUUUACUAAAGAUAUCCGACGGAGCUAGAGAGUGGAGGGAGGGAGGGACAGAGAGAGAGAGAGAGAGAGGGAGGGAGGUAUAUUUAAAGGAAGUGGACUGGGAGGGAGCGAGUGCAGGUUUAUGUAUCAUGCUUAUUCCAAUCUUUUUGCUCGAGGGACCACACAACCGUGAGGCAACCUGUAUGAUGAAGAGAGUAAUAAAUACCUGUCCAAGUUGGGAGGCCAAAUAGGAGCGCAGCUGCAGCUGGUUGAUGGGGGGAGGGGAACAAGCGAAAGGGGAGGGGGAUCUCACAAUGUCUGUUGCAUUCCAAAAAAUAAUCUCCCCCAGCUCAGCCACGUUUCCAGGCAGGAGGGGAUCAAAUCAGGCCUUUUUCUCUCCCUCUCUCUCUCUCCUAUGUAGUCUGCUAAUGCCCCCGAACCAGCCUGGAGGGGAUGUUAUUAUAUUAGAGGCUGGUGUUGCUGUGGGUUGGAGGCCCGGUGCUGGCAGUUUGGUGUGUGAGUGUGUUUACAUGUACGUGUGUUCCUGUGCGUGUGUGCGCGUGGCAGCCAGGGUCCCUCUGGCCACAUCAUCACUGUGUGAGUCAGCCCCAGCCUGUUCAAACAUGCACCCUGAGCUGCCAGGCCCAGUGCACUUUCUCUGUCUCUGUCUCUCUCACUCUCACACACACAUGCUCACAUGCUUGCUGAGUCCAGGUAUCCUGUAGAGAAGGAGAAAAUGCCAGAACUAACAUAUCUGUUUCGAACUUUGUCAGUAACUCCAUAUGUCUGGAUUUGUCAGUUUUGAACCAUCUUAGAAUGGAAACACUUAACAUUGCAGUACAGUAACGAUAAUUUUGCAAUUAGGGGGUAAUAUUAUGGCCAUACAUCAUAUUUCCAUAGUAGAUGUGAAGGUAAAUACUGUAGUCAUUUUCAUUACCAAGCUAUUGCCAGGAUAUUACUUUGGAAAUAACUUGGUAUUACUGUAGUAUUAUCUCCUUAUUACUACACAACUACUGUUGUUAUUACUUUAAUUUUACCUUCCUUUUCCAAAAUGAAUGCCAUUUUAUUAGCAUGUUGUUAUUGUACAGUAAUGUUAAGUGUUAGCAGCUGUGCUUUUGUCCUCUACAUUUAUUUAAAUGUAUAUCCCGAGUGAGCACACUGAGCCUUUGAGGGAAAAAAAAGAAAAGAGGACAUCUCUGUGGUUUAGAGCCCCUCCCACUUCACUGCCCCAUAGUACCUGCAGUAGUGCAGUAAUUUACCUACCGGCAGGUUAUGAAAACAUUUUCUUUGUUACUGACACAGGCACUUUUGUCAACAAAACGGGUACUUUGAAAACAAACCACUUAAAAAAGAGAUAAGUCCUUUCUUCUCUCCAUGGUGGAGACAUUCAGCUCCAUCCCUGGUUUUGUUUAGGUUUUGAUGACAAAUAAAUAAACAUCAAACCAAAAAUAUGCAAGUUCAAAUCUUUAGAGGAGGAGUCAGGCAGAUUUAGCAACACACAAACAAAUGAAUCAAUUAAUCCAUAUGAACAGAUUGCACUUCAAGUUAGUUAUUUAAAGAGGUCUAGUGAUUUGUCUUUGUCUUAAAGUGCGUGUAAACACUUUCUCUCCAGUCUUGUGUUCAGGAUUGUUUUUGGCCUGUUAUAAAUAUGGACUAAUGACGCUCCAGUGCCAUAGUUAGCAUAACCUCUCAAACGCUGUAAUGACAUGAAAGUCUUCAGUGCACUA